GAGAGAGAGAGAGAGAGAGAGAGAGAGAGAGAGAAGAUGGAGCCGGAAAAGAAGGAAAAGGAGAAGAAGAAGGUGAUGGUGGCAAUUGAUGAGAGCGAGUCUAGUCACUACUCGCUUACUUGGGCGCUUGAAAACUUGGCCGAUACCAUACGCAAUUCUGAGCUUCUUGUCUUCACUGUGCAGCCCACCAACAGUGAUUUUGCUUACACUUACGCUUCCAGUUUCGGUGCUGCCCCUCCUGAGUUGAUAGAAUCUAUCCUAGCAAACCACAAGAAGUUCGCAUUGGCUUUAUUAGACAAAGCUAAAGACAUCUGCGCCAACCAUGGGAUUGUUGCAGAGGCAGUGACAGAGGUUGGGGAUCCUAAAGAGGCAAUAUGUGAAGCAGUGGAGAAACACAACAUCAAGUUACUUGUAUUGGGCAGCCACGGCCGGGGAGCUGUAAAAAGGGCUUUUCUGGGAAGCGUAAGCAACUACUGCGUUCACAAUGCUAAGUGUCCUGUUCUUGUUGUGAGGAAACAGGAAUGAAAACUGUUCUGCUAUAUGCUCGAUGCUCGAUCCAGGUCCGGGGAAUGUCUAUUUGUACAAGUGAUUUUUAUUAAAUCAACUUUAACUUGCAUAUC